GGCGACAGAGACGGCGAUUCAUCGAGGGCUCACAGCUACCGUCUGGUCUCUUCUUUCAGUGUUCGCAUUCCGAGCACUGUUACUGCCCAUAGCGAGCAGGACCUGCACCGAGAGGAAGAGGGCUCUCUGCAAGGUGAGGGCGGGCCUGGAGGAGCACCAUGGACCUCGACGUGCUGAACAUGUUUGUAAUAGCCGGAGGCACCCUGGCCAUCCCCAUCCUGGCCUUCGUGGCCUCCUUUCUCCUGUGGCCCUCAGCGCUGAUCAGGAUCUACUACUGGUACUGGCGUCGAGCCUUGGGUAUGCAGGUUAGAUAUGCAAACUACGAUGACUAUCAGUUUUGUUAUUCCUAUAGAGGGAGACCUGGAUACCGACCGUCUAUCCUGAUGUUACAUGGGUUCUCAGCCCACAAAGACAUGUGGCUGUCUAUAGUCAAGUUCCUCCCGAAGAAUCUGCACUUGGUGUGUGUUGACAUGCCUGGUCACGAAGGUACAACCCGGUCAUCGUUAGAUGAUUACUCCAUUAACGGGCAAGCUAAAAGAAUACACCAGUUUGUUGAGUGCAUCAAGCUGAACAGAAGGCCUUUUCACCUGGUUGGCACUUCGAUGGGAGGAAACGUCGCCGGAGUUUAUGCUGCUCAGUACCCAGAUGAGAUUUGCAGCUUGACUCUUAUAUGUCCUGCAGGCCUGGUGAGUUCGACUGACACCAAAUUCAUUAAGCAGCUGCGGGGGGAGCUGCAAGAGUCCAAAAGCAUCAACAGGAUCCCGUUAAUUCCCUCGACGCCUGAAGAGAUGGCCGAUAUGCUGAAGCUCUGCUCUUAUGUUCGCUUUAAAGUGCCCCAGCAGAUCCUGCAGGGCCUCGUUGAUGUUCGCAUCCCGCACAAUGAUUUCUACCGGAAAUUAUUUCUAGAAAUCGUGGAUGAAAAGUCCAGACACUCGCUCCAUGAGCACAUGAGCAAGAUCAAAGCACCAACGCAGGUCAUCUGGGGAAAGCAGGACCAGGUCCUGGAUGUUUCUGGAGCUGACAUUUUAGCAAAAGCUAUUCCCACCUGUCACGUGUAUAUUCUGGAGAACUGUGGGCACUCGGUGGUCAUGGAGAGGCCCAGGAAGACGGCGAAGCUCAUGCUUGAGUUUCUGGCGCUGCUGCACAGCACAGAGAACAACAAGAAAGAAGCGUGAGCCCUGCGGGCAGCCCGGCGCCAGAGCCAGAUGUUUUCAAUUGUAAAGUACUGAUGCUUUGAUAAGUUCUCAGGGAUCUCGUACAAAUCACGGUUAAUGUGCCAAAGUUCCUGAGGAAGGCAAAAUCACUGAUACGUAAAUCUAUAGCGCUACAUGGUGACCUAGGGAUCAUUGAACAACCUACAUAUAUACGAAAAUUGGAACAGAAUCUAUAUAUUUUCUACUUAUACGUAAAAUAGAAAUGGUCUGAAAUCACAAAACGCUAGCCAUGGAAUGUACUGAAACUCUUUAUGCAGCCCAUGCUAUAUAAGUUACUGGCACAUAGUCGUUAAUGACAUUUAUCUGAAAUACGUAAGAAUUGUAGGGAGAAACGUCCUGGACAGAGACUUACAAUGUUUCUACUCCUUAGACUCUACCACGUUGCAUGCGAUAUUGCUGUAAGAGAAUCCUAAUGUCCCAGGCAUUUGCUAACGUGCUGUUUAUGUAGCUCAUUAACUUAUGAUUUCUGCAGAAAAAAAAAAAAACAGAAAACUUCAUGUGUGAAAGUAAAAUGACUGUAUGUCCAAAAUGUUUACACUUCUGGUGAGUGGAUUUUUUAAAUCCUUGGACAGCUCCUGUGUAUAUGUAAUGCCUUAACAGUCUAGAAUAACGACGUCCAUGUACAACCUGGCCUCAUAAGAGGGGGUGGUUUCUUCUGGUGUGAAAUCUGUGCGUUGUAAAAACUCAAAGUAAAGACAGCCGUUUUGAAACAGUUGUGCAAACAAGUGGAACAAAAACUCCUGGAGCUAUUCAGUCUCUUAGACGUGGGGCCUGAGUCAGCAAUAAUACUGUAGAGAGACAUGUGAGUGAGCACAUUCAGGUUAACACAAGGGCAAACUCCUGUCUCAGCUCUUUUCUAUUACAGUGCACUGCUGAACAUUUUGAUGUAAAUAAUGAGCUUCUUAAUGAAUUCCAUGAAUUCUAUGAAUGAUAACGUCAUUGAAAACACAUGUAACAGAUUUAAGUGUCAUGAGAUAACUGAAAGAAUAGCAAAGUGCAGUAUGGGCUCAGGUACUCCCUAGCCAAUGUGUAUUGUUAGCAGAUGUCUCAGGCUCAUGUGGCAUGCAUUUUAAAGUAGAGUGGUGUGGAAAAGUAAAAUUGGGUAGUGUUUCCUUUUGAUGAUUUAUAACUCCUAACCAAGUGAAAUUAUAUACAAAAAGGGAGAAAUCCAGAGAAGUCACACUUUGCAGCGCAUGAGGCACCUUCUAGAGACCGAUUCUGCUGCGUUAAUCCCCCUCCAGAUGCAGUUCCUCGCUGCGUCUCCCCAGAUUAGCUGCUGGACACUUGUAGCUAAUCCUGCUGUGUGACUUGGAUGAGAAACACGGUUCCUGGUCUCAGGCGUUACGUGUGUUUGGUGGCGGGUGAAGCCGUGCGUGGUCCUCGUGAAGACGAGAGGGAGGAGGCCGUUGUACGUCUGUCACCACACAGUCCCUUUAGAGACUCUCCAUGGGUAUCGGCACCUGAUAUUUUCUAGAGACUCUCCUGUAGAUUGUAUACCUAAGCUUGUAUAUCUUAGAGCCAUCUUCUCACUAUUUUUGCAGGUUACUAUGAACUGUGUAUGUAUUUGAAACUCCCUGUUCGUUUCUCUGCCCUUUUUGUAAGAGACGAAAUGGUGUUCUUUUAGGAAAUUAGGAAGUUGCUGUCAAUUGCUUGGUUAUUGUUUCUACUACAGGAGUUGAUUUAAAAAAAUGAUGAUAGUUUUACAUGGCAAAAGCCAGAAAAACUUGUUGGAUAUCUACAUGGUUUCUCAUAUGUCGCAGAUUGCUGUAUGCAAAGGAUUUAAAUGGCUAUUAAAAUCUAGUAAUUUAAAGAG